CCCCAACUCGUCUUCUCCCCCCCUCAGCCGCGCCGCUCCUCAGUCUCGUCUCGUCUCGAGUCUGCCGCCGAUCCGUUCGCACCAGCAGCCAGCCGCCCCAUCUCCGCUCCGAGACCCUCGAUCGACAAGCGGCGGUGGUGGACAUGGGCCAGAUCCAGUACUCCGAGAAGUACUUCGACGACACCUUCGAGUACAGGCACGUGGUCCUCCCGCCGGAAGUCGCCAAGCUCCUCCCCAAGAACCGCCUGCUCGCCGAGAACGAGUGGCGCGCGCUGGGCGUGCAGCAGAGCCGCGGGUGGGUGCACUAUGCCGUCCACCGGCCGGAGCCGCACAUCAUGCUGUUCCGCCGCCCGCUCAACUACCAGCAGCAGCAGGACGCGGCCGCCGCCGCCGCCGCCCUGAUGAUGCCCAAGUGAUCGCCCCCGGCGAGGGCAGCGGCGACCGGGGGUUCGACCUCGCGAAAACCCCAUGCCCUUUUCAUCUCUAAAAGGGCGGUCGCACACUGGUUUGUUUCGGUCAGGAUCUAGUUAAUGUUGGUGGUGUCCACCAUGUGUUCGUCGAAAUGCCUGGGGGGAACUUGCAGUGUGUUAGUCUGUGUUGUUAUCCUGGAUACUCUGGAAUGCUACCUUUUAUGUUAUGAUGAUGGUACUGUUUGUAGAUCUUCCCAUGAUGAUCUAUUGCUGUUAGUUCUUGCUUUA